CCCUGACACGGUCCCUCCUGCCUUGGCCAGGUGGGCUGUGCCGGCCGCUGAGCUGUGAGCAGGGUCGCCAGGAACCCGGACUCCGCUGGCCUGGAGAUGGCCGGAAACUGCUCCUGGGACGGCGCCCCCGGCGACCGGAACAAGAUGUGUCCGGGCGGGAGCGAGGCCCCGGAGCUGUACAGCCGUGGCUUCCUGACCAUGGAGCAGAUCGCCGCGCCGCCGCCGCCGGCCGUCGUGAACUACAUCUUCCUGCUCCUCUGCCUGUGCGGGCUCGUGGGCAACGGGCUGGUGCUCUGGUUCUUCGGCUUCUCCAUCAAGCGGAGCCCCUUCUCCGUCUACUUCCUGCACCUGGCCGGCGCCGACGCGGGCUACCUCUUUAGCAAGGCCGUGCUCGCCAUCCUCAACACGGGGGGCUUCCUGAGCACCUUUGCCGAAUACGUCCGCGCCGUGUCCCGGCUCCUGGGGCUCUGCACAUUCGUCGCCGGCGUGAGCCUCCUGCCGGCCAUCAGCGCGGAGCGCUGCCUGUCCGUCGUCUUUCCCGCCUGGUACUGGCGCCAGCGGCCCAAGCGCCUGUCGGCCGUGGUGUGCGCCCUGCUCUGGACCCUGUCGCUCCUGGUCACCAGCAUCCACAACUACUGCUGCGUGUUCCUGGGCCGCCAGGCCGCGGGGGGCGCCUGCCGGCACAUGGACGUCUUCCUGGGCGUGCUGCUCUUCCUGGUCUUCUGCCCGCUCAUGGUGCUGCCCUGCCUGGCGCUCAUCCUGCACGUGGAGUGCCGCGCGCGGCGGCGCCAGCGCUCCGCCAAGCUCAACCACGUCAUCCUGGCCGUGGUCUCGGUUUUCCUCGUGUCCUCCAUCUACCUGGGGAUCGACUGGUUCCUCUUCUGGGUCUUCCAGAUCCCCGCCCCCUUCCCCGAGUACGUCACCGACCUGUGCAUCUGCAUCCACUGCAGCGCCAAGCCCGUGGUCUACUUCCUGGCGGGGAGGGACAAGUCGCAGCGGCUCUGGGAGCCCCUCAGGGUGGUCUUCCAACGGGCCCUGCGGGACGGCGCCGAGCUGGGGGAGGUCGGGGGCGGCACGCCCAACACGGUCGGCAUGGAGAUGCAGGGCUCCCCUGGGAACGCCUCCUGAGGGGCGGACCCGCAGAGGGGAGGCAGGGGCCUGAGCAGCCGGGACCUCCAGAGACCCUUCACCCAGGACAGGAACUGGGCAGCGGCCCUGGUGCUGAAUACAAGG